AUGCCGAUCGUGCCACUCGCUCGGAGCGAUGUACUGCGGAUUGCGGGUGCACAAGUAGUCCCUGAUAUGCGUGCGGCAGUAAAAGAGCUAGUAGAAAAUGCACUGGACGCUGGCGCGACGAGCAUCGAGGUGCGCUUCAAAGAAUACGGACUGGAAGGGAUCGAGGUGGUGGACAAUGGCAGUGGAAUUGCGCGUACAGACUAUGUAUCUCUCGCGCGCAAGCACCAUACAUCCAAGAUCGCGUCAUUCGAGGACCUCGGCAGUGUCGCCACGUUUGGUUUCCGCGGCGAGGCGCUCGCUUCCUUGUGCUCUGUAAGCAGCGUCUCUGUGCUCACUGCGACGGACCAAGACGCGCCGAUGGGCACCGUGCUAGACUUUAACGAAAAUGGGGAGCUGGUGGGCAGUGAGAAGCGUAUGGCGCGGCAGCGCGGAACGACGGUGAGCGUGUCUGACUUGCUGACGCGGCUGCCGGUGCGGCGUCGCGAGUUGGAAAAAAACAUCAAGCGCGAGUACAACAAGACGUAUGCGAUGCUCCAGACCUAUGCACUCGUGUCGAAAGGAGUGCGCUGGGCAUCGUAUGUGACGCUGCAGAGUGGAAAACGCGUAUCGCAGCUGAAUCUGCGCUCGGCCUCCUUGCAGGCAAACAUCGCGGCGCUGUUUGGGCCGCGCGCGACGGCCCACAUGAUGCCCAUGGCCCUGGACGUGGACCUGGCUGGGCAGCGUGUCCAUAUCAAAGGCUUCAUUUCCAAGCCGACCAUUGGGUCGGGGCGCAGCAGUGGGGACCGGCAGUACUUCUACAUCAAUGGACGCCCAUGGGACACCGGCAGAAUGGCACAGAUAUGCAACCAAGUGUACAGGAUGUACAAUGCGACGCAGUAUCCGUGUGUUAUUGCAGAUGUUGUGCUCGAUACACAUGCAUACGACGUGAAUGUGAGCCCAGAUAAGCGGACAAUCUAUUUGCACGACCAAAGCGCGCUGCUGGAAGCGAUGCGGGAGGCUUUGGACGAGAUGUACGCACCGACACGGGGCGUCUUGGAAGUGCAUGGGCCAUUUAGAGGGGGCGAUGCAGGCGAGGACACGCGCAAACGUACCGCGUCGCCCGUACACGCAGCGCGCAAAUCGGCGCGAAUGGAGGAACGGGCGUCCUCCGAAGCGUCCGUGCCUGCGGACACGGAGGCGGCGGACGCGCCGCCGGCCGCUGAAGCUUCGACGAUGCGUACCGAAUUCCAGCGUGCGGUGGAUACGUAUGUUGCGCUGCAGGAUGCACAGGAGAAGGAGAUGGGCAAGGAAACAGAAGUACCCUGCACCGCGCAUGACGCACAGAACGCAGCGCAAGCGUCGCACAUGGAUACGCAAGCGUCGCGUGUGGACAUGGAGAAUGAGCGCGUAUCCGAGCGUCGGCAGCCUAUGCAGCAGCAUGAAGCGCACCGAACGCGGGACUCGUCUAUGUCGCCCUCUAGCACGGAGGCAUCGGAGCUUGAGUACGAGGAAAGGGUAUGCAUUGCGAAGCGCGAAAAUACACGUCCAAGUCACACUGCGCCUCCUAUGGAUAUUACGUAUGCGGAGUCGGAGAUGGAAUUGGAGGGAACACCGGCCGCAGACCUCAUUUCGAACUGCAGCGGCCAUGAAGCCAACUUUAUUUCCGAUCGCAGCUCUCCCCCCAUCACAGACCACGCAGCCUCCAUUCGGCCACCACAACAUACCCUCACACUCGACAUGCACGACCUUGCCCUGCGUAUUCAAGCACGCACCCGCACCUCGUCCCUUCACCCCACACUACCCUCCACAGCCCUCGACCACGCCGGCUUUUCGGAGCGCGACAUGGACACUGCAGCCCACGCGCUCGAACGUGUGAUCCAAAAAAAGGAUUUUGGCGCGAUGCAGAUCGUCGGGCAGUUCAACCUUGGUUUUAUUAUUGCACGCAGACUCCAGCACACUGCAUCCACCGCGAUGGAUGAUUUGUUCAUCAUCGACCAGCACGCCGCCGACGAGAAAUACAACUACGAGCGACUCCAAGCCAGCACGCAGAUCCAGAGCCAGCCCCUGCUGCUUCCUCAGCUCCUCGAGCUGGCGCCCACAGACGAGCUUAUUGCCGCAGAGUACGAGGCAUGGCUGCAGCGCAAUGGAUUCGCCGUGCGCAUUGACCAGGACGCACCGCCCGGCGCACGCGUCCAUCUGCUCACGAAACCGAUCAGCAAAGACAUUGUAUUUGACGUGCACGAUUUUGAGGAGCUCAUUGCAAAGCUGCGCGACUCGCCACGCCAUGCGCGGUGCUCGAAAGUGCGCGACAUGUUUGCUUCGCGCGCGUGCCGCAAGAGCAUCAUGGUCGGUUCGGCGUUGGAUGCCAGGCAAAUGCGCUUGGUCGUGCACCACAUGGGCGAGAUCGAGCAGCCUUGGAACUGCCCCCAUGGGCGCCCGACGAUACGGCAUCUUGUGAGCCUAUCCCACGCUCCGCACAUUGCGUCCUAUACCCAGCGUCCCGUAGCAUGGCACGCCGUAGACGCGCGCUGA